CAGACUUACAGAACUGGAGCAGCAGCAUACAGGUUCAGCUCUACAGCCGGAACAGAAUAAACUAACUCAAGCAACAACAUAUUUGAGGCAUCAUUCACAGAGGCCAGAGUCAUGAGUCGGCUUAAUAACGUUUUUCGCCGAAAAACUCCAAGCCGAGAACCAGAUCCUGAAUUUGAUCAUCCAUGGCGGCCAGUGGCAUGGAGUGAAGAUAACAAGAAUGAGAUGUUGAGAUACCUGAAGGAUUUCCAGCCAGGUACUGCCAAAGUCAGCGAGAUUAAAAUUUUGCUUCACGGCCCAAUCGGAGCAGGAAAAUCGAGUUUUAUCAACUCCGUCAACACUGUCCUCCAAGGAUACAACACCACCGGUGCAUUGGCAGAUUCAUCAGCUGGUCAAAGUCACAGCUUCACUCAGGAGUUUAAAAUUCACAGGCUGAAGAAAGAAAGGCCUGGAACUUUCUAUCCAUUCACCUUUUCUGACAGCAAGGGUCUGGAACCAGGGGAUUCAGAAGGAACGCAAACAAAAAAUAUAAAGAAAAUAUUAAAGGGCCAUGUGGAAAGUGGUCACACUGUGAACCCUUUAAAAUCAACUGAGGAAUGUGAUCAAAAGCCCAGCCUGAAAGACAAAGUGCACUGUCUGGUGAGUGUUCUACCAGCGGACAGAAUCUCCAUCACCAGUGACGAAGUUAUUCAGACAAUGAGAGAUGUUCGGAAAAAGGCAAAGGACUUAGGGAUUCCUCAAGUUGUCAUCAUGUCACUGGUUGACAAAGCAUGUCCCCUUGUUAACAAGAAUCUGGAUAAGAUCUACACCAGCAAAAAAAUCAAAGAGAAGAUGGAGGAGUGCAGUCAUAAACUGGGAGUCCCAAUUAACUGCAUCUUUCCUGUGAGGAACUACCAUGAGCAGGUUACCAACAACUUGUACAUGGAUAUUCUGAUUCUCAUGGCAAUCACUAAUAUCAUUAGAUUUGCCAAUGACUACGUUGAAGACCAGGUUUACAAUGAAUAAAUUCCCCAUGUGUCUUGCUUAAUCUCCAGCAGGCAACUGGAUUGUUUCAGGAAUUCACAGACAUUUACUGAGCAACUAUUAAAACAAGUUUAAUCUUUUCACUUGCAGGGAUGCAGUGAUUACAUUUUCAUCAAGAUGAUUACAUUUUCAUCAAGAAAAUAUUCUUGAUGAAAAUAUAAUCACCACAUCACUGCAACAAGCAGGUGAUUAUGUUAGCUGAAAUACAUGAGAAAAUUAUCACACCUCUCUAUUUUUUGUGAUUAUCUUUUAUGACUUUGAUAUCUUUAAGACUUUAUGAUAAUGAUAUUAUUGUUGUAAUGAAGGUCAUAUGGAGCAUGAUUUUCUUUUUUCUGAUUUUAAUAUGCACAAUAAGGGUACAAAUAAAAUAUAGUUUUCCAAGAGACAAA